UGCGUCUGAUGUGAGCACUGACACACUCCCUUAUCACUUUUAUUCUCUACAUGUAGUAGGUGAGCUGGGACUUAAAAAGGCAGCUUUGGGAGGAGGCUUGCAGAGUGAAUUUAGGUAGGAGGAGGAAGCAGGCUGCCAGUCUUGGAUAGCAGAGAAAAGUGAAAGCCGAGAAAGAACCACAGACGUGUGUAUCAUUAGCUACAAGGACCCAGAUUCCUGUAAGGUGCAGGUGUGCCGCAGCAGACAUGUGGGUAUAUGCUUUGCUUUUAGUUUUACCGACCCUCCUGCAUGCACAGAAUGACUGUUCCCGUGGGGCGUGCUACCCUGCAGCUGGAGACCUUCUCAUUGGAAGAGGCAAUUACUUAAGAGCCUCCUCAACAUGUGGCAUUGAAAAGCCAGAAACCUACUGCAGCCCAUAUGGAGAGAUGCAGAUGAAAUGCUGUCGCUGUGACUCACGCCAGCCUUUUACAGAGAUUAGUCACCGAAUCACUAAUGUGCUCUCACCCACUGGCCAUCUUCGUUGGUGGCAGUCUUCCAAUGGAAUUAAUGAUGUGUCCCUGCAGUUUGAUCUGAACAAAAAGUUUCAGCUCAGUGACGUCAUUCUGGAUUUCAGGAGCCCUCGGCCAGCGAGUAUGUUAAUAGAACGAUCCUCAGACCAUGGGAAAACCUGGCAGGUUUACCAGUAUUUGGCUUAUGACUGUGCUGCCUCUUUCCCACACAUCAGACGGGGAGUGCCAUACGACUUGCAGGAUGUGCGAUGCCAGGAGCUUCAUGGAGACCCCACACAAGGAGGCAAGAUACGAUUCAGCCCAAUGGAACUGGCUUUCUCUGUUCCUCUAUCCCACAGUCAAAGAGUCCAGCACCUUGCAGAUUUCACCAACCUGAGGCUGAAUUUCACACAACUUGUGCGUCUCCCUCCCCGGAGGUAUCGCGAACCAAGUACAUUUUAUUCUGUAGAUGUGAUGCGUGUGCAUGGCAGCUGUUUCUGUUAUGGCCAUGCAGAUCGAUGCAUGCCAAGUGGUGCCCUGGACAGAGACCACUAUGGCGACAUUCAGGUGUAUGAUAAAUGUAUUUGCCAGCACAAUACUGUUGGGGAAAACUGUGAACGUUGUGCUGACCUUUUUCAUGACUUGCCUUGGAGGCCAGCCGAUGACAACUAUCCAAAUGAGUGCAGAAGGUGCAACUGUAACAAUCAUGCUGAUAAGUGCCACUUUGACCCGGCUGUGUAUGAAGCCAGUGGCAGAGUGAGUGGGGGUGUGUGUGACAAUUGCAGAGAUGGAACCACAGGAAGGAACUGCGAGAGGUGCCGGUCAGACUAUUACAGGAAUCCCAACAAAGACAUGAGCCACAGAGAUGCCUGUAUCUCAUGUGACUGUGACCCAGAGGGGAGUAUUGAUGGCGGGAGCUGUGACGAUCUGACUGGGCGCUGUAACUGUAAAGAAAAUGUUGGUGGGGAACGAUGUGACCAGUGCAAGCCAGGAUACUACCUCCUGAGUGCUUCCAACCCUCAGGGCUGCACCAAAUGUACCUGUAAUCCACAGGGGAUGGAGAGAGACCAGCCAUGUGACAGUGAAACUGGUCAGUGCAAGUGUCUCCCAAAUGUCUUAGGACAGCGUUGUGACCAGUGUGCUACAAAUCAUUGGAAUUUGGCCAGCGGGCGAGGCUGUGAGAGGUGUGGGUGUCACCCUAGGAACUCUUACAGCCUCCAGUGUAACCAGGCUACUGGGCAGUGUCUGUGCCGUGAAGGAUUUGGGGGGAGGUUCUGUACAGAGUGCCCUGACAGGAUGUAUGGCAGCCUACAGACAGGAUGCAGAGCAUGUAACUGUGACUUCCAAGGCACACUUGAGCAAGGCUGUGACAAAGCAAAUGGCAGGUGUCUGUGCCGGCCAGGAAUUACUGGAGUUCGUUGUGAUUCAUGCCAGCGUGGGUACUCUGACCCCUUCCCUACAUGCAGAGCCUGUCACCAAUGUUUCCACUUCUAUGACCAUGAAAUAAAUGCUUUGAGGUCUCAUACGCAAUCAUUGCUUAACAUGACCACUGGUCAAGGGCAAGACUCUGACCUGGGGCUGGGACCACGCAUGGCAGCAGUUGAAGCUGCACUUCAGCGCGUUCAGAGGAUUUCCACUGGAACCCCCAUUCCAGAUAAUGAGCUGUCCCGUGCAGAAAGCAAGCUUUCCAGGAUGAGAGGUGAUGCACAGCAACUGAAUACCAACCUCCCAGAGCCUGAGAGCUUUGCACCUCUUUCAAACAAUAUACAUUCACUUCGGGGUCAGUUUAACAGAAUAAAUUUACUUUACCAGAGCAAAAAGGAGCAACAUAGCAGUUCCAUCAGCAAUGAUGCCUCAGGUAUAUUCAUGGCUGUUAACAGUGCCUACCAGUCAUCAUUGGAGUCUGCUAAGAGCAUUGCUGCAGCAGAAGGUGUUUUGUCUCAGUCCAAGGACAGCAGGAGAGUGGCACUGGGGCUAGAAGGAAAAUCCACAGAAUUAUUGGCUGACCUUGAGACACUCAAGGAAGAACUUUCCUACCCAAACCUCACUCCAACCAUCAACAGGAUCUGUGAAGGUGUGCGAAUAGAUCCCUGCACCCCUGAAGAGUGUCCUGGACCUGUAUGUCAAAGAAACAAUAACUCUCUGUGUAAGGUGGGGUCUCUUUGUCGUGGGGCUUUCCCUUUAUCCAGUAAUGCCUUGAGGAACACAGAGAAAACUUCUCAAGAUCUUCAGGACAUUAACAACAAGCUGCAGAAAAAUGCAUUGAUGAUUCAGGAUGCAGAGAAAACUGCCAGUCAGAUUCAGGAUAAUGCCAAGCAACUGACAGAACAGGUUAGCAGAGCCAGAAGUCGCAUGGAGGAGGAUAUGGGACACUCACGGCAGUUCAUACAGCAAGUCAGAGAUUUCCUGACAGAGCCUUCAACUGACCCAGCUACGAUCCAAGAAGUCAGCGAGUAUAUUUUGUCUCUCAAGCUACCUACAGAUGCCUCCUCCAUUCUGAGGAAGAUGAAUGAGAUUCGCUCUAUAGCAGGCAAGCUCCCGAAUAUCGACAGCGUGCUAUCCCAGACAAAAGAUGAUAUAGCCAAAGCCAAGAAACUUCAGAGUGAGGCUGAGCUUGCCAGGAACAAAGCCAAAGAUGUGGAAGAUGGGGUGGAUGGGGUUAUCAUGAAUCUUAGUCAAGCAAAGACAGCACUUCAGGAAGCUGAGGACAAGAUCCGCGGUUCUAGUUCAUCUUUACAACAGAUCCAGAACCGCAUGCAUGAGAUUGAGGAGGUUUUAAGCCCUGCUGAGAGAGGACUGACAGACAUGCAUGAUCAGAUUCAGCAGUUCACAGCACAAGUGGAAAAACUGCGUGAAAAAACUGUGGAGAACCAACGUUUGGCAAGUGAAGCCCACCAGGCUGCCCAGGGAGCUAAUGGGAAAGCUCUUGAAGCACAACAGGGCCUAGACGCCAUGAAAACGAAAUAUGCUCUGCUAAAGAGCCGCUUAGGUCAGUCCUCCAAUCUGGGAGCACAAGGAGAGAAAAUAGCCAAUAUCAAGAUGGAAGCAGAUCGCCUCAUCCAGGAGUCUAUACAAAUGAUGAAUAAAAUGAAAGUAAUUGAAACUGAGCUGCAAGAAGGAAGGGAAACGCUACUGAUGAAAUUCUCCCAACUGGAGGGUUUGGAAGAAGAGGCCAAGCUCAUCCGAGAUAAUAUCAGUGAAAGGGCCCUCUUCUACGCAACCUGCAAAUAAAGCAGCAUCACUGCCUGCAUGACUAUGAUAUGUGACUAGCAUGACAACUAGCGAGUACUUUUCCAUCAUCCUGUUGCUAUUUUGUGUCCUUUAGAAGAGCUACAUCCUCACUGCUACCAACUGCACUGCUAAGUGGAAACUGAUAGAAAUGAGAUAUUGAUGCCAUUUCCGGACUCAGAUUGUAACUAAUGAAGCUAAUCCUAUAGGUUUUUAAUAGUAAGGAGCAGCAGGGUGGCUCAGUGUGUAACGCUUUUUCCCUGCAGUACUGGGGCCCCAAGUUCAAUCCCAGCCUGGGCACUGCAAGGAGUUUGAAUGUUCUCCCCAUGUCUGCGUGGGUUCCCUCCCACACUCCAAAAACAUACAGGUACUUACUUGGCUUCUGACUAAAUUGACCAUAGUGUGUGAAUGCAAUAGGGCCCAUAGAUUGGAAGCUCCUCUGGGGCAGGGAUAGAUGAAUUAUCUUUGGGAAAGGAAACAAAUAGAAGCAUUUGGUACUUGCUAUAAUUAUAAAAACAAAACUUAAAAAAAAAAAAAAAUUAGGUGUGAUCAACAGAUGCUGAUCUGCACAUAUUCCUGUAUGAAUCCAGUGAUCUAUUGAGGGCCCAGUACUUAUAUAGGGUUGGUCAAGGAGCAAAGUGCAGUGUUGCUCAUCAUUCUGGAGGUACAAGAAAGAGCACCAGGGAACACAAGACUCUCCUUAACAUAAAGCUUGCUCAGGGCAGGAGCUAUGGGGCAGGCUCCCUUGCAACUGUAAGUGCUGUACUUAGCUUAUUAUGCUGGUUUAGGGAAACAACCUGCACCUGAGCCCUGUGCAAUUGGUAUGUAUAUUGCAUACUAAUUGGGACAAUACUGGAGUAGCUGGAAUACAUAGCCAGGAUUAUGCAUUACACAUUCAGCAUUAGUGCACUGAGUAACAAGGUUGAAGCUGUCAGCAGUAAAAAAAAAUAUUAUAGUCCAUGGCUGGAAAGGUUACAGUAUCCCAUAUAACCCUGAUGUGUACUUUAGCAUAAUAUGAUUAUAAUAAAAUAUAUAUUUAUUGUAUGGCUUAUCCAGUUUAGUUAAAGGUGCUCAUUCGACUUGUGGAAAACUGAUACCAAAGGUAAUUUGUGACUUUAAAUGGACUUUUAUUGUGAUGCUGAGUCAAACCUUCCAGCAAGAAAGCUGUCUGGUUCAAAACUGCCUGUCUUGGUUUUAUAGUUUGGAUGUCCCAGGCAAACAUUUGUCUGUUUGACACAGAGUUUUGGCCAAUUUCUGCUCUUUGGGUCACAGCCCCUACCCCGAUGUAAUAACUCUGCCCAAAUGUCAUCUCCCUACCCCAUGUAUCCUCCACACUGCCCCAACAUGUCAUCUGCCCUGCCACCCUGACGUCAUGAGUGCAGACCUGCACAGAGGUAAAUAUGGCAACCCUAGGCUCUACUAACAAAUAUUCUGCUACAUUCUACAAACUGGAGAUCAUUUACUGUCAUUAGGCAGACUUUCAUUAGUGCAGUAACCUAGUUGAUAUAUGUAUCAAAUUUCCUUUGAACUUCCUGGAGCUGUCUUGACAAAGCUAAUUGCUGAUUGGCUAUCAUGGGUGUCUGUCCAGGUACAACUUUGCUCUGUGUUUCUACAACUGUGAGGCAUACUUGCAACUCUGGCGAGGCUCGUAUGUGGCAGUGUCUGCUGCCAUUUAGUCAUAUUCAGUGUACUUAGAUAUUGCAUUCAGUUACUGUGCUUAUAAUAAGCAUGUGAAGAUGAUGAUGAUGGUGAAAAAGCACAAUUAAAAGCACAGCAACAAGGCUUUCUUUUUCUAACAUGUGUUAAUCUGAUUGAUGCAGAGAGUAACUGCACUGGUGCCAUUUAAGAUCACUAUUAUUAAAUGAUGACUGCCCGACAUUUCCUCCAGCAAGAAAAGCCCAAUAAAUCACUUCAGUAUUACUA